AGAUGACAUAGAACAACAAGAUGAGAUUUCAAGAACAACAUUUCCAAAGACACCUGAGAUUACCAACUAGAAUAGUUUCUGCAUAUAUCCCUAAGUGCAUUGCGCCUCAUGAUAAAAAAGUGUUCCGCCAAUAAUGGCCUUCUCCACUGCACAUAUUUGAAUUACUUUUUACGUAUUUUUCGCCCACCACUGUGGUCUUUUUCAAAGUAUACAUUAAUUACAAUGACAAGCUGUCCGAUAAAUUUGGUUUUCCCUGUAGUAUUUUAUUUUUAUCUGUCAUCCAGAGGAGACAGUUCAAUUGUUUUUUCUUUGCUUCGCUACUUUACAUUGUGCUGCGACAACAGCUUGGACGGUCCUGUACCACGUCGAUAUAAUAAUUUUAAGAACCCGACAAAGCCCAGAACCGGCUGGGGUAGAUAUUUCUGCUUCCAAAAGACGUCCAGCUUCCUCCUCCAAAGUCACAAACAAGCAUGAGGUUAUCUGUAAUUUUGGAUGUACCAGACACACGUCACCCUCGCUCAUCGACAGUUCUGGACCGGUAUUCUCGUUCCCCAAAACGCUAAGCGUUUUCCAGUCGCUCAGCGAAUAUGACGUCAUUUGCACUUGCUUUCGAAGCACCUGCCAAAAUAUGGUAUUCCCGUUGCCCGAACGCUCAGCUUUUUGAAAAGCGCUUGUCGCUUUCAAAACGACUACCAAGUGGUCGGUGUUUUGCUUAUCGCUUUCGUUAUGAGUACUGACACUGCUGUCAGAAUUCUUAUUUAGAUCGUGAUUUUUGUUGUAAUUGAGGCUACUGUGGCCCUCAUAUUUAGAUAAUUAUAUCCAAAGUAUACCUAGUAAUGGCAUAUCAGUUUGCUGGGGUUAAUUUAAUCCGGAUUAUUGAGCAUGUGGAGAGGCAAAGAUUCAAUGCCGAUGAUCCGUUCGAAUUCUCUGACUUUAAUUUUGUGAAAUUAUAUCGUCUGCGAAAACAGGACGUGCAAAAUUUGGAAGAAAUGUUACAGCCAUUUUUACCAGUACAUCCUAGAUCGCACGCGAUAAGUAAUCGCACGAAGAUACUGUCUGCCUUGCGUUUCUUUGCAAGUGGAAGCUACCAGCUGGAUGUAGGCAGAAAUCAUACAGUAACUCUCAGCCAGCCAUCGAUUUCUAGAACUUUACAUGAGGUGUUGGGAGCAUUCAACACUCCAGAAAUAUUGAAUAGAUAUGUCCAUUUUCCAAACACAAUUCAAGAGUUAACCAACACCAGAGAAAGAUUUUUCGCAAAGUACCAGGUACCUGGAAUUAUAGGCUGUAUUGAUUGCACUCACAUAGGUAUUGUGUGCCCAAUCGAAAAUGAACAUAUAUAUAUCAAUAGGAAACAUUACCAUUCCCUCAAUGUACAGAUGAUAUGUGAUGAAAAUUUGAAAAUAAUGAACGUAAACAGUCGCUUUCCUGGCAGCACCCAUGAUAGUUUUAUAUGGAGUCAGUCACGAGUUGGGGAAUUUUUGAGAACAUUGUCUGAAGAAUAUAUGGGCAGCUUCUACUUACUAGUAUUUUCUUUUAAGGUGACUCUGGAUACCCUCUACGCCCCUGGUUGAUAACCCCUUACCUACCAGAACCACCUCAAGACACUCCAGAAUCAAGAUUCAAUAAAAAAAUUAAGCAUAUCCGGGUUUCCAUAGAACAAUGCUUUGGGUUAUUAAAAAACAGAUUUAGGUGUCUACUGAAAGAUAGAGUUUUACAUUAUGCACCAGAAACUUGUGCAAAAAUCGUAAACAGUUGUGCCGUCUUGCACAACUUAUGCUUAGAAAAUAAUAUUCCAUUAUAUAAUGAUCAGGAAGAUGUAGGUGAUGGUAACAACUUCAGUGAUGCCUUGGCAGAAGAGAGGGGCAACUUGCCACAUAAUAAUUUUUUGGAGAGGGGUCGACACAUACGAAAUUUCCUAGCGAGAACUUAUUUUUGAAAUAACUGAAUGGAUACACUAUAGUAUAUUUAUCACAAUAAAAGAGUA